CCCGCCGCCGGUCGCCCUCCGGUAGCCAACCGCCCUUCCGGCCUGAGGCCCGGGAAACGCACGUCACCCGGAGGCAGCCCUUUCUGUCGCAGUGUUGACGUGUCGCCUAGCAACCGGGAGGGUUACCUUUGGAAGCUUGGUGCAGCUCUAGCCACCGGCCUGCCCUCUUCCCGCCCCGCCCCUCCCUCAACCCCCUUCACCUAGGAGCUGCCAAACAUCUGGAUCCACCUGGGCACCAGGAGCGGUUGAAUUUCUACCAUUCACGCGCCUUUUUACAAUUUCUCCCGACCUCCCACAUCCGUAAAACUCACUGACUCUUUUACUACACGUUUUAUGAGACCAAGACAUUUUCUAGGAAGAUGGUGGCAGAAAAAGAGACCCUGAGCUUAAGCAAAUGCCCAGACAAGAUGCCGAAGAGGACCAAGCUGCUGGCACAACAGCCGCUCCCGGUGCACCAGCCGCACCCCCUGGUCUCUGAGGGCUUCACAGUCAAAGCCAUGAUGAAAAACUCAGUCGUGAGAGGCCCACCAACUGCAGGAGCAUUUAAAGAAAGACCAACCAAGCCUACAGCAUUUCGAAAAUUUUAUGAACGAGGAGACUUCCCAAUUGCCCUUGAACAUGAUUCGAAAGGAAACAAAAUAGCGUGGAAGGUAGAAAUUGAAAAGCUGGAUUACCAUCAUUAUCUGCCUCUGUUUUUUGACGGGCUCUGUGAAAUGACAUUUCCCUAUGAAUUUUUUGCUCGGCAAGGAAUCCACGACAUGCUGGAACACGGGGGGAACAAGAUUCUUCCUGUCAUUCCACAGCUCAUUAUCCCGAUAAAAAAUGCCUUGAACCUCCGAAACCGACAGGUCAUCUGCGUCACUCUCAAAGUCCUCCAGCAUCUGGUUGUGUCGGCUGAGAUGGUGGGUGAAGCUCUGGUGCCCUAUUACCGUCAAAUCCUCCCCAUCCUGAACAUCUUUAAGAAUAUGAAUGUAAACUCUGGAGAUGGCAUUGACUACAGCCAGCAGAAGAGAGAGAACAUCGGUGACCUGAUCCAAGAGACACUAGAGGCCUUCGAGCGCUACGGAGGAGAAGAUGCCUUCAUCAAUAUCAAGUACAUGGUCCCUACCUACGAGUCCUGCUUGCUGAACUAGUGGUGGGGACAGCCGGGAUUAGAGGAAGGCUUCUCUUAGCGUUCCGGUCAUCUUUCUCUGCUGCUGUUAGCAUCUCAUUAUCUGUGACUUCUACAGCUUACUUUUCUACAGCUGCUAAAAUAGUGGCUCAUGGGCCAUUGGACUGUUAGCCCUAUUGAGAGCAAGGCUUUCCAAUACAUAAAUAGUGCCUGUUUCUUAGAUUACAAUAGUGUACUGUGCUUAUUUGUUCUAGGAGAAGAAUUGCUUCUUUAUACAGCUCGGAAAGAGGCAGGAGUCCGAGUUAAACCUUCAGUUGUAUAGACAAUACAACUAUAAUUUUCAUACGCAAUUCAGCAAUUGUGUCUGCCUGCCCCGAGGGUGAUGUCAGAGGUUGUAAGGGAAGGGUUUGUGCUGACUGCGUAAUAGGUGUUUGUCAUGGACGAGAAACGCUCCCCAGCAGCUGUGCAGAGCAGUGGGCUUUGACAUUCAAUAUGACUAUUGAAUCUAUAUUCCAAUUACAGGAGGACAGUUUUGCAGCCCAUUAUGAACCUCAGCUAUAAACGUAAUAGAUGCUUCUAGCCCGCUAGUGAUCUGGGCUUGUAGGGGCUUUCCAGUUUAAAAACUCACCAGAGGUGGGGGCGGAGAAGGCGAGUGUGAUAUGCAACACAGCAAACAUGAUGUUUUUAAAAAACUAGUUUGCAUCCUUGUCCCUCUAUAUUAUGACAGACUGCAUCUCAGGACCCCGUGUUAUUGACAAAACGCUAUCCAACCGUUUGUUUAGGGCUUUUAAUCAUUUUUGAAAAUGACUCGUAUGCAUCUUAAUGAUUGCCCCUUGAAAUGAAUCAAAUCCUUUUCCUUGGCAAUUCUCCUUUCUUUUACCCCCUCCCAUCGGAUGGGAUGGAUGGAUGAGUUAUAACUCCUUUCUGUGGGUCUGAAGGCACUGUUUUGGAAUUUUAUUGAGACUGGAAAAAAACAAGGCAAAAGACAUGCACUUUUACAUUCAACUGAAAAAGACAAAAGGCGCCCAAAGAGAAGAGCAGGUCUAAGGAAGCAGCCUUGACCAGGGCCCUUCAGGCGUGCCAGGCAGUGAGCUUGGGGCAUUUGAAACUCAGCCCAGAACUCUCCAGAACAAUGGACCACUGACUCUGCACACCUGAGAACUACCCAGAAGUGCAUAGCCUGAAGUGGCUCACUCUGCAGCAAAGUGCAGCUUCUGCACAAAAGUGAAGAAAUGAAAUGUGUUCCCCCAGGCACCUGGCCUUGGCCUCGAGAUUGUCAUCACUAAUUAUUUAAGACACAAGUUUCCAAAGGCAAACACCGAAUCUGAAAACUGCUUCAUUAUUCAUCUUCCUUGAUGACAGGCUCAGCAUAUGAAAGCUAGUCACUGCCGCCUCGUUUCUGUAAGCAUUUUUUAGGAUAAACGGAGAUUCGGCAGAACCAGGUAACACAGAUUGGCUUUCAUGUUUAAUACUUUGAAAAGACAGAGCUAGCAGCAGACAUGGGCAGGUUAAGAUGGGUUUUUCUCCAAACUCUGAUGUUCAGUUGUAUCCCUCAGCGGCCGUCCAGGCAUCGGCCGUAUGUUCAAUGUGACCCCAAAGUCCAUGAAAGACGCUGGCUGCUGGUGCAUUGGAAUCUUCAUACCAGAAUUUCCUGCACGGCUCUGUCAGGACUCAGAAGCGAGCCUGGCCUCUCAGUCUCUGUCCUGCUUGUGAAAACUGGCUGGUGUAGAAGCAAAAAACCUGCCACUGAUACAAGAGUCCUAACUCUGGUGUAGAAUUAAAACUUCGGGGUGCCUUCCCCAGCUCUGUCAUCCAUUAGCUGUGCUGCCUUGGGCAAUGUAUGUAACCUCUCUGAGCCUCAGAUUUCCUCAGCUAUAAAGUGGAGAUUACACCUACCUGCAGGGAAUACUGCAAGGACCAGCAGUGACUUUUAUGACGUGCCUGGUACAGUUUCUUACAGCUGUUGGCCUUUUAUUUCAAAGAAGCCACAUUUGACCAAUGACUAAUUUCUACCCUAGCCAAGUAAUAUAUCUUUGGAAAAUCCUCGGACGAUGUGGUGCUGCCUACAAAGCAGGAGUGAGUUCUUGGUCACAAGAAACUAAUUGUGCGGAAAACCAAAAUGACUAUAUAGACAGCACGCUGUUCUCUGGAGAGUUUUUGGAAAUGUGUUGUUUAUUAGCAUGGAAAUAGGAAUGGCUGCUUUUGCUCACUGUCACCUCUAUCCCAACUUCAACCAAAGGAGAUGGCUUUCCUGCUCCUAGGGACACACGGGAACAGGGAACGUCACCUGGGGGCAGGCAGGUGGGCAGAGGCAGAGGGGCGGAGAGCACCAGCUCCCUGGGCCGUGUCCCCCACCAACGUGAUCGGCCAGGCAGCGAGAGGAUGCCGGCCUCACAGACGGUGGGAGCUGGUGGCCGAGCCCAGCCCAGAGCUCGAGAAACCCCCUGAGCCAGUGUCCUCCGUGGGGGAGUCGUCCCCAGGCUGAAAAACAAAGGGACCCUGGAAAGAGCCAGUCCGGAAAAGGAAGUUAAACACAGCUGAAGAACACACGUUCCUGGAUGACGAGACGGAGGAGGCCUGUAACGAGAACUUGAGAGAGUGUGCAAACACCUAAAUGACCGAAAGGCCAGAAGCAGAAAGCCCCCUUCUGGAAGGGUGAGUGAGUCUAUUUGCGAAGACAAACGCUGCCUUGAACCCCAGGCCUCCUGAGGAUGCAGAAGCCUGCGAGCUGGAAGAGGAAGUGAACGUGAAAUGUAUUUGGUAGGGGGCCUCUUGGAAGAAGCUGGUCCACAGGCCUGCCGCUGCCUGGCAGGGGGAAGUUGCAUGGAGAGGCUGGCAGGAUAGUCAGGCUGCCACCAAACAGCUCUCUCCCUGCUCAAUUUACUGUCUGGCCCACCGGAAGUAAGCGCGAGUUAAAGCAUGGCGAAAUGGGAGCAUUCCAUUGGAGGGUAGAGGGCAGGGUGGCUAAGACCCGCCCUCACAGCAGGCUCUGAGGGCACCACCCCAGGGCCAAGCUGCAGGGCCUGGAGUCCAGCAGCCUCUCACAAAUCCCUGGGAUAUAGCUGAGAGCUGCCGUACAGAUUAGCAAGUAAAUGCACAGCAGUAACAAACCCGGCUAGUAUCAUGAGAACACAGGGUCAAUCUCUGGCCUUGCCUCAGUGGGUUAAGGAUCCAGCAUUGCCAAAAGUUGUGGCAUAGGUUGCAGAUGCGGCUCGGAUCUGGUGUUGCUGUGGCUGUGGUGUAGGCUGGCAGCUCUAGCUUCGAUUCAACCCCUAGCCUGGGAACUUCCAUUUGUCUCUUGAGGGUGUGGCCUUAAAAGGACAAAAAAAAGGGGCAGAGAUGUGAGCAAAUGCUCUAAAGCUUAGAAAAUACCCAGCAGAUAGAUACAGAGGAAAUAUUAUUGGGUUCCAGCUACAAAGAAGAGCUAAAUAUUGUAUCAUCAUAGCUUAGAACAUGUGAUUGCUUACUUGAUUUGAACUAAUAAAGCUACUAUGCCAACAAACAAGAAAAUGUGACUUUGGAAUUGUAAGUAGUAAGACAGUAAAUAAAUUGAAUUGCAUU